CUCGUAAUUCAUGAUAUAAACCUCGUGUUAGCGGUUAGAAGAAAUUACGUACUUGAAGUAUAGGUUAGCGUGUAUAUUUUAAACAUUGAUAAAGAUACUGCAACAAUUUCUAAAUUCAGUACGCUAAUGUAAAUUUAUAUCGUUAAAAUUAUGGCGGUACGUGUGCAAUUCGAAAAUAAUAAUGAAGUUGGAGUUUUCUCCAAGUUGACAAAUUCUUAUUGCCUCGUAGCAAUUGGUGGUUCCGAGAAUUUUUACAGUGUGUUUGAGGCAGAAUUAGCUGAAACUAUUCCUGUAAUACACGCGUCAGUUGCAGGAUGUCGUAUAAUUGGACGAUUAUGCGUUGGAAAUAAAAAUGGAUUAUUGGUUCCAAAUACGACGACGGACACAGAAUUACAGCACAUACGAAAUUCACUGCCAGAUAAGGUUAAAGUACAAAGAGUAGAAGAAAGAUUAUCUGCCUUGGGUAAUGUUAUUGCAUGCAAUGAUUAUGUGGCUUUAGUACAUCCUGAUCUCGAUAGAGAAACGGAAGAAAUUUUAGCAGAUACAUUGAAUGUAGAAGUAUUUAGACAAACUGUGGCAAGUAAUGUUUUAGUAGGAUCAUAUUCUGUAUUAUCAAAUCAAGGUGGAUUAGUUCAUCCAAAAACAUCCAUACAAGAUCAAGAUGAAUUAUCAUCUUUGUUACAAGUGCCACUUGCUGCAGGUACGGUAAAUAGAGGCAGUGAUGUUAUAGCUGCAGGAAUGGUUGUAAAUGAUUGGGUGUCCUUUUGUGGUAUGGAUACAACUUCAACAGAACUUUCGGUAAUUGAAAGUGUUUUUAAACUUAAUGAAGCUGCACCAGCUGCCAUUACAUCAACUAUGCGCGCAUCACUUAUAGAAAGUAUGUCUUAAAGUCAACCUCUCUAAGAGAGUGUAAAAAUGAUUAACAGUAGGCUAUGUAUGUACAUAAAUACAAUAUUUAUGUCAAUACAACUGCACAAAAGAAUAAUAAUAUUGUGCUUUCAAACUAAUUUCAUCAAGCACAUUUUCUGUAUAAUUCCAAUAUAAAAUAAUUGUGACAAAAUUCUGUAAAAUUUAUAUAAAAUAUAUUAAGUUUUACUAUGGA